AAUCAGGAGCGUGCGAUAGAGUAUAUAUGCCACGCCUACAAGGAUGCUGAGGUGCGUGUGAAUCAUGAAUGUGAUUCGGUUAGCCUAAGCCACAUAAAUCAAUGGCUAGAGGUGUUAAACAAUGCGGAAUUGUCDAAACUGUGCGAAUACGAAGCAGCAGCCGUGAUGAAUAGCAUAGUGCGCACGGAGGUGCAACCAAAGCCGGCUCAACUGGGUGGCAUCGACAUGAGUGAGGUAUACGGCUUUCUUGAGAAUGCUCUAACUGGACAGACACGGAAGGGAUUGGGCGAAGCUAGCGAAGCGUUUCUUGCACGGGAAAUUGAGCUSCUCAUUGAAGAGGCCAACAAUGAUCAUUCCGAUAAUGUUGURCGGAGCAUGGGACAGAAGCUGAACGAUCGGCAGGAGUAUAACUAUGAGGCGGAGCCAAACAAAUGCAGCUUGGAUCCAUUGUUUUUAGAUGAAUARCUUAAGAAUUGUACAAAAAAUGAUAGUCMAACACAUUUAUAUCCACACAUAUUUAUUAAACAUUUAAAUUCAAUUGUUUGUCGAGUUAAAUUGUACGCGUACAUUUUGUCACAAUCCUUAAAACUGUUAAAGUUGCUCAAUCUCAAUCUCAAUCCUACUUAGGUGUAUAGACUGCCUGCAUCUUGUAUAUGUCUUUUCCCAUAGUACGUAUUUGUUAGAUAAUUAAUACAUACAUACAUAAUUUAAGUACAUUUCUAUGUAUAAAUAGUUGUUAGCACAUUUAAAAUCUAAGUUAAAGGGCUUACGAAGUUUCACACAAUUUACUUGAAGUAGUCUAUAUGAAAGAGUAUGUAUAUAUAUAAGUAUUUAAAUUUGGCUUUAAUUUAUAAUUUCAUCUUUUUCGGUUUUAUUAUUUAUUGUGCAUGAUUGUUUUCAAGAGUUGUUCUCGCAAGAGUAAUGCCAAAAUGUAUUGCAUAGUCUAAGUAUAGAAUAGAGUKUAGAGUAUUGUUUAAAACGUUAACAGGCAUAAAAAGAGUUGAGUGCUAUUUGCAUCUCUCAUAGCAUCACAAAUAGAUCACAAGAGACAGAGUUGAUUUGAUACGCCAUUGGUUUUGGGUUUUCCUUUUUUCUUUUCUUUUACAAUAGGUGUUACACAUAUAUAAAAACUGAA